UUCGCCCGAAAGGCGAGGCAUCGAUUGCGAUAGCAAAUUAGUAGAGAGCUAUACGAAGUGACGAUAGUUUUAUCGGCCAUACAAACUUGUAGACAUUCACUUACCAACUAAAUUGACAAGCAUGGCAGUGGCAACCAAUCACGAGCACAUCUCACUCGAUGACCGCGCACACUCGCUGUCAAAACGCUGGAGUGAAAAAGCACGGCAGCAGCAGCGAGCGAAUGGACCUUCGUGAAUGGAUCGUGAAUUGGGCGCACGUUAAAGAACACUAGGUGGUCAAAAUUAAUCCGGAGUGCCCCAGUACGGCGUGCCUCAUAAUCGAAUCGCGAUUUUGGCACGUAAAACCCCAGAAUUUAGUUAUUUCAAUUCCACAUCAAUCGCUGGUAUUCGCACACAUUUGAGAAUCUAUACAAGAUUUGCGACGCGACCGGACACGCCUACAACGUUCAAGAAAUUUCAAGUACAGCAGUCACGUCUUGCGCCGAGAAAUAACUUGAUAUAUAACAGCGUUAUCAACGUGAAAAACAGACACCGGUAAAAAAGUGGAAAAAAAAAACGACGCCUGAAAACAUGUUGCACGAGCAGUAACGAUGCAACGGCACAUUAUAGUACACUGUAUCAAGAUACCGUGAGAGAAUUGCGCACAUUUAUUUUACCGAUAGACGGACGCUCUUUUGAAAACGUACAGUUACGAGGAUGGUGGUCGAGCAGCUUUGCAUUUCGUGCCCAACGUCGCCGUAUUGAAAUGGCUGCUUCUUCCCAUGCACACUACAGUUACCAUGCCUGCAGUAACAAGUGAGUGCGGUUUUCUUGUUCCUAUUAAUGUACUUAAAUGUGCUUUCCUACACCGAGGGCAUGACAAUUGUAGCACCUGUAUGUACUCGAGGAAAAAGAAGCGCUCGUUGUCGCGCGGAACACAGCCCAGAAGAAGAAAAUCCCCGAAGGAAGCGCCAGGCCCGGCUGCGCCUGCGGGCAAGAGGGCAGUGCACGACUCUCACCAAAAGACGGUUGCCGCGAGGGGCGAGACAAGAAGAUGGCGCAACAGUGUUCGCCACAACCCAAAAAACGCUCCUCAAAUCCACCGCAAACCUCGCGCCGAUCGCUCCCCGCACCGGAACAGAACCCAAGUUACGAAGGACCCAGCCCGACCACCUAUCUACCCAUGGGCUACUUCCUGCCCUGCCCGACCGCGCCGGGAGACCAGCCUCCGGUGCGCGCGCCGACGCCUGCCGUCAGCGCCAAGGGGACCGCUGGCACGCAGCCUGCAGCGCUGCAGCCCUUCUUCAAGCCGCCUCCGACGCCAGCCUUCUUGGGCCCAGCACCCUUCUACCCCGGACCGGCGUUGAUUAGCGCCUUUCCAGCCGUGGACCAUCACUACCCGACCUUGGAGGCCAUUCCCCAGCAGAAGUUGAACAAAGCUCUGCUCGAGCUCCUGAGUCGCGCAGCCAUGGCCACCGACGAGGACUCCAAGCCCAAGAGUGAGCCACCCGCCAGACCCGGUGAAUGCUGUCGCGCGGCUUUCUUUGUCACGACGCUCGUGCUUGCGCUGAUGGCGGGAGGCUUGUUCUCCUUCUACGUCGUCAGCGGGAAGCUCUCGGACAGGGACUUGUCUUUUUUCAACUUCACUCCGUUCGCAGUCCAACACGAGAAAGAAAACAAGAUGGCCGCCGCGCCUAAGGAAGAGCCAAGCCCCCUUCCUACGGGUGUGUCAACGGCAAGUGACCCCUCCGCAAGAUCAGAAGGCAAGGUCUUCUACCUAGAGCCCAAGUGGACCACAACUCAGGAGGAGACGGAAGCGACGGAGAAACGUACAGUCAAAGUUCCACGAUGCCGCACGGCUUUCUGUCGCGGCAUGACUGAUCGCUUCAAGUCGUUAUUGAACUGGACCUUGUCACCCUGUGGAGACUUCUACGAGUUCGUUUGCUCCUCGUGGAGGUCGCAGGAAAAGGGAGCGUUCUCGCAAGAUUCCCUGUACGCAGAAGAGGUCGAGGACAGACUGAGAGAUUUGCUUUUGGAAUCGUCUGAACUCGAAAGCCAACUAUUCAAGCCUGCUGCUGACAAGCAAGACAUCACAGAAAACUCAACGUCACCGCUGGGCUACGCAGAGACGCUCAUGGACCUUUGUACGAAUGAUAACAUCAACAAAAGUGAUAACGAGAAACAGGCAGAACAAUGGACGCACCUUCGGUCGCUUCUGACAACCGUCGGACUGGAGAAGUGGCCUUAUCAUAACGACAGCGUUAGCAGAGCCGACCUGUGGACAACCGUUGUGCUUCUUUACCGGCACCUUGGACUUCCGACGUUGGUCGCAGUGUCGGUCGAAAAAGAUCCCGAGAAUGAAACGUCGCUUGUAGUGUCCAUCGACGAGCCGGAUAUUGCUAUAGGCCUCUUCGGCACCAAGGAUGUGUUUUUGCCAAAUUGGUAUUCGCACGUCGUUCGAGGUACGAUGAAGAUGUUUAGCCCUUACAAGUACCUCAACCAGGCGGACAAAGUUCUGGCGUUUUCAGAGAAGCUCGCCGGAAUCACCAGCACACGUGGCGAAAGGAACUACGUGGAAGAAGCCAGAAUGACCACCGUUCACAACCUUCCAUCUUACGCACAGUUUCUAGGCUUGCUGUUCGACGACAUCAUCACCGUGAACGAAAAGACUAGGCUUCUUGUAAAGAACAUGCGAUACCUGAAGGCACUGAGGACAUUGAUCCACAUGACACAAAACCACGACCUGCUCAAUUACCUGGGUUUCAGGGCUGUUCUUCACAUCUCCCCACUCAUGUUCGGGGAAGAAUUUGUCGAGCUGGCGUCCGUGCGAAUGCGUCAACUGACCGGACACAAAAAACUAGGCUGGCCGCGCUGGAAGACUUGCCUGAGGAUGCUAGAAGACGCCAUGCCAUUCGUUUUUCAGCGGGCGAUCUUUAAGGCCACCGACAAGUUGCUCAACAUCGAGAGAGUCACGGCACUUCUGAACGACUUGAAGAGCAGCGCCCUUCUUGCGGUGAGCAAUUUCACCUGGAUGGACACCGCCGACAAGAUAAAGGCCAGAAACAUCCUUUCCGACGUUAACCUCGAAGUGUUCUAUCCAUCCUGGGUCAGGGAAGACAACGGGGACGCAUUCAACCUUCUCCUUCCAGCACCGCCCAACGACACCGCAGAGCUGCUGAGCGCCUACUCGGAUUUCGUCAGGAAGAACACGGAGCGGAGACUGCUUACUAUAGCGGGAACGAGUGUUCAGUCCUACCCUGAGUGGAAAGGGUCCAUCUUUGCGACCUACCCGACUUUUGACUAUGAGACCCGCUCUGUCUACGUCCCGGUGGCUCUAUUCAACUUCAGCACCCCCGACACCGACGCGGGGCUUCUGUUUCAGACACCACGCGUUGCCACCCGUGUCCUAACGGCUUUGAUCGCCUCCUUGCAUCGUAACUCGUAUCCGCUCCCGGGACCUCCCACGAUGCUGAACCCCACAGAAACCUUGACGAGUGCGACCACGUGCCUCCAGUCCCAGUACAGAAGUGCUUCGAACAACCUGCACGACGAGAAAAUUCGCUCUGUGGUUACCACAACGUACGACUUUCUCGACAACGUCGCCAUGGAGCCCGCUGUGACAGUGUUCUCGAAGUACGUGGUGGAAAGCGGCGUCGCCGUCCAACAAGACAUGCUGAACCUUCCUCUAAGCUCGAAGCAGCUCUUCCACGUGUUGUACACGGCGGACAUGUGUGAAGGCGGCUCUUCGGAGCAGCUGAGGCAAGAGUUCGCCGAAGAUGCCAUGACGCAUCCGAGGCUUAGGGUGGUGAUUCCACUCAGAAAUACGCAGUCUUUCGCUCAAGCCUGGAGCUGCAGUAAGGAGGAUCAGAUGAAUCCCUCGCAGAAAUGCCAACUUUUUACUUGAUGUGUCAGUUACAUGCUGCUUUUUUUUUCUUCCUUCCCGUCCACUUCUUCAUAAAGUUGCUGUCUUUACAUAUAAUGGGCUAAAUUUCAUAUAAAACAGCUGGAUAGGCA